GGCAGGACGGAACUGGUGCGCGGGGAAACGGAGCCGGGUGGCCCAGGAAGCGGCAGCAGCAGCAGCAACUUCCGGGCGGAGCGGGGCUGGGGCAGGUCUGGGCGCCGCGCUCGGAUCCCCGCGCAGCUGGGCAGGUGGGGCGCGGGGAAUUAGACCAGUCUAAGGUGCUGGAAGAUGCUGUGAAAAAGCAUGGAAGAUAAAAGACGGAAAGCCAGAGUACAGGGUGGUUGGGCUGGACCUGUUAAGAGCAGAACAGCCUCAUAUGCAGCUCCAGGGGCUUCUGCGGCCAGGAACCUUGUGUCAGUGGGCACUGAUCAGACCUGGAUGAGAAGAGAGCAGCUUUCAUCCAAAAGACAAUUUGUGUUUAAAGAACCAACAGAGGUGGAACGCAAAGCUCCAGAGCCAAGAGUAAUAGAUGAACAGGGCCUGUAUGAGAUCAGCACGUUGCCAACAGGAGUGUCUCGGGUUCAUUUGAUUCCUGGCUUCAUUGACUCAAAACAAGCAGACUGGAUGUUUGAACAACUGCUCCAAGAGAUCCCCUGGAGGCAGAGAACUCACCUCAGGCAGGAUCUAUCUUACAAAGAGCCCAGACUCACUUCCUGGUAUGGGGAACUUCCUUACACUUACUCCAGGUUAACGAUGCAGCCAAAUCCUAAUUGGCAUCCUCUGCUGACCAUGCUGAAGGAGCACAUCGAAAAGGCCACCAGUCACACCUUCAACUCUCUGCUCUGCAAUCUGUACCGAAAUGAGAAGGACAGUGUCGACUGGCACAGUGAUGAUGAGCCAUCAUUGGGGAGAAACCCUGUCAUUGCCUCGCUCAGCCUUGGUGCCACCCGAAUCUUUGAGAUGAGGAAGAAACCCCCACCUGAAGAGAAUGGGGACUAUACUUAUGUGGAAAGAGUGCGGAUCCCAUUGCCUCAUGGAACUUUACUGAUGAUGGAGGGAGCUACCCAGGAAGACUGGCAGCAUCGGGUACCUAAGGAAUAUCAUGCCAGGGAACCACGGAUAAACUUGACAUUUAGGACCAUUUAUCCAGACCUUGAGGGAAUGCAAAGGUGAAUGAAGACAACUGUCUUGGAUAUUACUGGAUAUAACAUCACAGCUUAUCCAAAGCUUCAGACCUUGUGCUGGUUUGCAGCAAGAAGCCAUAAUAGAUUCAGUUACUGUCAAACAUCUGAUGGGGAGAGGGGAACGGAGCUGUCAUCAUGGAGAACUGUGACAGUCACAAGUUUCCUGUAACAUGCAGAUGAUACUGUUGUAUUUUCAGACAUAAGACGCUAUUUAAUUUUGCUAAUUCAUAGACUUCGUUUUGUUUGAUUUUAAAAAACAAUAAUGACCUGUCCCUUUGGAGAGAGGUGAAAGUGCUUGCAUAAAAUUAAAGAUAUGAGAGUUCA